AUGGAUUUCGAUGACCAUGACAACCCAGAGCAGAUUGGCGGUGGAGGAGCGGAUUCUAGCGCUGCGGCGGUGGCAGGAACGAGCGGUAGCUGGAGAGCUGCGACUGGAGCUGGGAGUGGCGGCGGUGGCGGCGGGGUUAGGUACAGAGAGUGUCUGAAGAACCAUGCCGUCAACAUCGGCGGCCACGCUGUGGACGGCUGCGGGGAGUUCAUGCCCGCCGGCGAGGAGGGCACCAUGGAUGCCCUCAAGUGCGCCGCCUGCAACUGCCACCGCAAUUUCCACCGGAAGGAGAUCGAGGGUCAGCAGUUAUCGCCAUACUAUCGCUUCCCGGCUUCUGGGUACCUCCAGAUGGCGGCGCCGGGGGCGGCGGUGCAGAUGAGGCCGUUGGCGUUGCCGUCAACUUCCGGCCGGGGAGGGACCCACAGCAGGGACCAGGACGAUAUGUCAACACCCAUGGUCAGCGGCGGUGGCGGCGGCGGCGGGAGCACCUCCUCAGGGGGAAGAGAAGGAAAGAAGAGAUUUCGGACCAAGUUUACGCAAGAGCAGAAGGAAAAGAUGCUGGCUUUUGCGGAGAAGGUGGGGUGGAGAAUCCAGAAGCACGACGAGGCGGCGGUUCAACAGUUCUGUACGGAGGCCGCCGUCAAGCGCCAUGUACUCAAGGUGUGGAUGCACAACAACAAGCACACCCUCGGUACGAAGCCUUCGUCGGCUGAGCCCUGA